AUGCCUCUCCCCAAGGCGCUGUCAUCGUUGAUGGCGCGUCUGCCUUCGCUCAACCACCAAGGAGUCAAGGAUGAUGCCACCGUUGAGAUAACGACUGCCACCUUGCUGGCCCGCACACUUCUGGAGCGCAGUACGCAUCUGCUUAAGCCUCGUCUUGUGCCUCCCACUUACAUUAAAUUGCACCUGGAUCAUCGUGUUGUCGUGGACGCAACCGCAUUCCAUAAGAUCGCCCCUAUUGAGACGCUCAAGGAACUGACUAUCACGCUCCCUGACGCUAUUGCUAAGAUCUCUCCUACCGCGUUCAUGGCUCUAGGCAAUGUUGUUAAUCUUCGCACCCUGAAGAUCAUCCCCCUUGGUAAGAUCAGUUGCGAUGUCUCUGUCGUCAAUCUUGUGAUGCUGGAGAGGCAGUGGAAGGGAAUGGAUUGUCAGAUUGUCAGAUUGUUGGACACUGUCCGGUUCGCUACGGUUAAGCGUGCAUGUCAGAAGGAAGACCAGGGCGAGAUUGUUAAGAUCGAGCCCAAGGAGGUCAAGGGUGAGGGGGUCAAGUCACCUAACAGGAUGGGUCUGCGCAAGAAGCUCGUCAAGCACUUGCAGCAGAGUCUACGUCGCAGGCUCUUCGCCGCCCACACCUCAGAGCCUCCAAGCCACUGCUGUCUCCAUGGUAGAGAUUCAUGA